UCUUAGAACACCAAAUCUUGUUUGCUGAGCCUCCAGGACUCUGUUCCCCACUUCCGCUACACUCUCUCAGCUGAAUUAACUUCGCCGGUGGCUAAGAUGGGCGGCGAUCCACCUCCUCCUUAUGUUUCCACUCUUUCUGAGGAAGGAUCCUCCGUCGACCAGGCUUUUUCUGGGUCGCUCUCCCUGGGCCUAUCCUUUCAUCCUGGG